GGGAUGGAGAAGCCCAGGAGCUGCAAUUAAAUUCUCUUUCCAUAAUCCACAGCCAUGUGCUUCAAGUGGGCAAGCCCCUUCAGGAGCGAGGAAUUCUUUGCGAAUAAUUCUGGCUGAGGCGGGCUGUACCUGAGAUCCAGCGCCGUGGGGCCACAUGCCGUCCCUGCCACAGCGUGGCUGGCCACUGCCCGGAUGAUGUGGUUGAGAGGCAACUUUGGAUGCGCCGUGGAGAUGAAGCUCAAUCACUCCAACCUGUGUGAAGGCAGCUAUGGUUGCAGGAGCCCAGCACAGCAGGACAACACAGUGCAGGAUUUCUGUACUAUAAAAAUUUCAUCAUCUGACAAUAACUGUAAGAGCCCCCCUGUUUCCUCAGCUGCUCUCCGGGGAAUUGUGUGGGUCCUGCUAACGGGUGGAAUCCUGCUUAGCUGCUUCUUUCUCAUCUUCACGGUUCGUUUCAGGAGAAAUCGGAUUGUGAAGAUGUCCAGUCCCAACCUGAACGUUGUGACUUUGCUGGGCAGCAGCUUGACUUAUGGCAGCGCUUACCUCUUUGGGAUCGAGAAGCAAAACCCGUUGUCUGGGCCGUCCGUGGAGAUGCUUGUUCAGAUGAGGAUCUGUUUGCUAUGUAUCGGGGGCUCCUUGGCCUUUGGACCCAUCCUGGGGAAAAGCUGGCGGUUGUAUAAAGUGUUCACUCAGCGAGUCCCAGACAAGAGAGUGAAUAUCAAAGACUUGCAACUGCUAAUAAUGGUGGGGGCAUUAGUGGGUGCCGACAUCGUCCUGCUGUCUGCAUGGAUCUUCUUGGAUCCAGUCCAAUGUCUGCAAAACCUUAAUGCAGAUGUGAAGGUGACCGAGAAGGACCUGACUUGCAUUGUGUACCGAGGGUACUUUUGUACGUCUCUGUAUUCCGACCUUUGGCUUUUUCUCUUCCUGGGAUUUAAGGGCGUCCUCCUGAUGUACGGGGCCUACCUUGCUGGUCUGACAUAUGACGUCAGUUGUCCGCCAGUCAAUCAGUCCCUGACCCUCAUUGUUGGCAUCACCGUUAUAUUUUUGUCUGCCAAAAUGACGCUGGUGGUGAAUCGGUUUUUCCAUUCGUGGCACAACCUGGUCUUUGGGACAAUCUCAGGAGGAAUCUUUGUCUGUACAACUACCAUGAACUGUUUGAUCUUUACUCCACAGGUCCGACAAUUGAAAGCUUUUGAAAACCAGAACGAAGGCGUCAGCCACGUGGCCAAAUUCUUCACUAGCUCCAGCAAGAACUUCCACUCCACAAUAUACAGUGAGGAGGAGAUUGGACAGCUAAUCGGGGAAAAGAACACCAUGAUGCAUUUGCUGGCUGAGAAGGAUACGGCAAUUGCAAUCCUCCAGGAACAAGUCAACAGUGCAAAGGAGAAGCUGACCAGACUUGUGGCUUCAGAGGAUGAUCGAGAAGCUAUUGACUCCCCAUUUCCUUCUGCUUAUUCUUGUCCUUGGGACCUCUCUGCAGCUGACUGCUCUUCAAAGGCAACCGAAGACACACCAAGAGACCUUUCUUUACCUGGCCAGGAGCAAAAUACAUGGCAAAUUCUCCAGUUCUCAAAUUCACCACCCAUUCCAGGUUCUUCUAAUAAAAAUGAGUGUGUUGGUGAUCCAAAAUGUACCAGUCAACCAAACCUACCACCGGAGAUUCCUGACAGGUGUAGACCGUUGAGCCGUGCUAAAAAUAUUUCUGAUUGUUCAGGUGGUCCAGAUGACCGUCACAAAUGGCUCUUUCAAUAUGCUGCCCCAUGUAGCACAGGAGCCCUACAAGAACCACUCAGAAAGAAUUUCUCAAUACUGAGUGUGGGAGCAGAACAAGACCAGGUUCGGCCGCAACUGCCGGGGAUCAGUUACGUAAGCCGUGACAAGCUUCAAGAAGUCUUACAAGAGCUGAGUAUGGAUCACAAAGCCAGUAGCCAGACAUCUACCAGGGGGGCAGAGCAAAGUGCAGCUUGUGAAUGGAGCACAGGAGGGUGGCCACAAGAGAUUCAGGCCACCACACUUACUAGGCUUAGUCCUUUUAAGAUAGAAGCAGAGACGAAAAUCCCCACCUGCCUACCGGGCUCUACGGUCCCUGAUGCUUGGUGUAUCAUGAACAGACGAGCCAGCAGAAGCCAAAGGAGUCACAGCAAAAUAAGCCAGUUUCCUUGGGCUACAGAGAGUGACACCACUGAACAACAUUCUUUGCAUCAGCCACUCUCUUUCCCGUCUUCCGUGUGUAAGGGCAGGCUUAACUAUAAGGCUGAGAACUGGUCAGAACAUCCGAGCAGAGAAGAGAGCAAUUGGCUGCUGGACAAGCAUCCCAUGGAGAACUGUGCGCCUCUCCUGUGUCCAGGCAGUCCCAUGACAUUCCAUCACCAGCCGCGUGAUUUCGCAAGCCGUACAGCGCAACUUUAUCUGGAUUCUGACUCCAGCAGCACCGCCUCCUCUGGGGGUGCGAGAUGCUGCCAUCACAGACACUGUUGUGAUCUCUGUCACCACAGCCUGUCCUCCUCUAGUGACGGCUGUAGCACAGACAUGGACAGUGAGCCUAGCAUCUCCCUAUACUACGGGUCAAACCUGUUUGGUAAACCUCAGCCCAUUGUGAACUUCAAUGAGGAUUUAGAGCCCACGUAUGUGUAAAGGCCUUGGACGAUCAAGAGUAUAAUGUGCAGGGUGGGGAGGGAGUGCAAAAGGCUCUAAAACUUAAUUUCUCCGAGUGUCCUUUUUCCAGGAUGUCCUUUCCGGCUCUCUCCUUGCCUGUGAGCACAGGGCAAAUCCUUGGGAGUCUAGGGGAAAGCCAGCACGGUGUAAUGGUUAGUAGCAUCAGUCUAGGGUCUGGGAGACCCAGGUUCGAAUCCCCACUCUGCCAUGGAAGCUUGCUGGGUGGCCUUGGGGCAGUCAUACCCUCUCAGAGUAACCUACCAUCCUUGGUGGUAGGAUGGGAUAAAAAUCUUCUAAACAGACAUUUAUCUUAGCCAUUCUGUGCCACAGGAAGGGGUUCCUAUCCUGACCUCUCACUGUGUGCUGGACUGUUCUGUUAGUGAGUGUCCUCUUCCAGUUGGAAGCAAUAAAGAAACCUGUUGCAGAAGCCUACUGAAGUCUCCUGUGUGUCGGCAACAGCGCAGAAAUAUGGGGUGCACUGAAAGAAGGGUAUGUACACCCGACCCAACAUGCCUCAGAGAAUGUCACAGCCCCCUGUGUGAUUUCAUACAAAAACUAACCUUUCAAAUAACUUAAUAUUUAAGGCGUGUGUAAAAUACUGUCAAGUUGCAAACAACUUAGAGUGACCCCUGUAGUUUUCUUUUUUAAAAUACAUUUUAUUUAAGCUAUAAACAGAAAACAGAAAAGAUUAAAAAAACACAACAAUCUAAAAACACACACUAACAAUACAUAUAAACACGAAAUAACAAACAAGACAAGCAGCUAAUAAUAAUAAAAAGAAAAUACAGUUUAGAAAGAUUAGAAAAAGACAAAAACUAAACUACAAAUUGAGUUCUGAUUUUCUCCGCAACAACUAUAUAUCAUUUUCAAAGUCUUGCUUAUUCUCUGUUAAACGUAAGAGCCCUCUUUUUUCUAUUGUUCAUGAUUCUUAAUCCAUAACUCCAGAUAUCAUCAAAUCAUUAUUAUCUAUUUCAUGUAAAAAGUCUAUAAAUGGUUUCCAUUCAGCCAAAAAUGUAGAUAGUCUU